CCCUCUCUUGGCCAUGCUGCACCCCCCGAAGCCUGCGCCCUCCACCCAGGUCUACCCUUCGGAGAAGAUCGUGGUCCUGCUGUCCUGCGUCCUGUCCUUCCUGGGCUCCAGCCUUCUCAUAGGCACCCAUGCCCUGUGGCCGGACCUGAGGAGCCGAGCCCGGCAGCUGCUCCUUUUUUUGUCCCUGGCCGACCUGUUGUCCUCAGCCUCCUACUUCUACGGGGUCCUCCAGGACUUCCAGGACACCACCUGGGACUGCGUGGUGCAGGGAGCCCUCUCCACCUUCGCCAACACCAGCUCCUUCUUCUGGACGGUUGCCAUCGCGAUUUAUUUGUACCUCACCAUCGUCCGCAGCGGCCAGGGCCCCUGGGCUGGGACGCGGCUCCUUUACUGCUUCCACAUCAUCAGCUGGGGCAUCCCACUGGCGAUCACUGCAGCUGCUGUUGCUCUGAAGAAGAUCGGCUAUGACGCCUCCGACGUGUCCGUGGGCUGGUGCUGGAUCAACAUCAAGGUCGAAGACCGGUUGCUGUGGAUGCUGCUGGCGGGAAAAGUCUGGGAGCUGCUGGCGUACCUGGUGCUCCCCAUCCUCUACAUCCUCAUCAGGAAGCACAUCAGCCGGGCGCAUGCUGCACUCUCCGAGUACCGACCCCUCUUGGCUGAGACCCACGCUUGUCAGCACCGGACCUCGGUAGCCGAUAAGAAGCUCAUUCUCAUCCCUCUUAUCUUCAUCUGCUUGCGGGUCUGGAGCACGGUUCGAUUCAUCCUGACUCUCUGUAACUCCCCUGCUGUGCAGACCCCUGUGCUGGUGGUUUUACAUGGAAUCGGGAACACAUUCCAAGGAGGUGCCAACUGCAUCAUGUUCGUUCUCUGUACCCAAGCCGUCCGAGUCCGGCUCUUCUCUCUCUGCUGCUGCUGCUGCCGACGCCUGUCGCCUUCUCUGGAGGAUCCUGAUGGCAAUUACAGGGACCCCUUGCCCUCAAGGACAGGAGAGUCCCAGCAUUCUAAAUAGGCCCCAGCUGACCUGCCAAGCACCUGAGUUUCUGGCCCCAGCCCUCUUCUAGCUUAAAUCUUUGGGUGGCUUCUGGUUUCCAGGAACACCCCUUCCCCCUUGAGCGGUGAAUCCCCGCUGAGGGAGGUGACUUUGGGCAGAGGAUUGGGUUGCACAUGAGUGUGUUUUUGCUGCUCAUAGAUCAUCUGUCUGUGUUCCCGGGUGUGGGGGUGGAGGCUGUAUGCUCCAGUUCCACUGUGUCCUGGGACUCUUGGGCAAUGCUUUCCCAUGUGACCUGCCCCAUGGGAGGUUAGAGAGUUUCUGCCUGCCCAGUACAGACUGGAGCACACACAGAGCUCAGUAGGUGGAGAAGAGGAAGCCAAAUCUCAGGGUCUCACCAGUCUGAUAUUCUGUAUUAGUGCUCUCAGAGGGUCGCACAGACCAGGGUUUAUUCAUCUUUCUGAAACUGCAUGCUUUCCUCUGACAGAGAGCAUGGUGGGGAGAAGUUGGUGGUAGAUGGAGCCCCCCACCCCACCACCACCAGAUGAUUUCGACCUUCCACUCCAUGCCUGGAAACUUGGAAGAAACCUAAUUUUCUCAGUCUCAGUUUACACAAAGUGGUCACCAUUCUAGGAAUUAGCAGGAAGAUUUCUAGGAAGUUUCUGGGUGACUAAUUACAGCAAAACCCCAGCUGAGAGUGUCUGAUAAGGAACAUUCCAACUGAUAGCAGGAGUUGUUUGCUACCAUAACCUGCACUGCUAAUCCCCUUGGGGAGGAGUGGGGAGGGAUCUUCUCUGGGUCUCCAAGAGACCCCUGAAUCUCCAGAUGCACUUAGCACCCCCUAUGGGUUACUUCUGGCACAGGUACUUGCUUCACACCCCUGUUUUGCUGAUCAGAGCUAGACAAAGAAGAGGUGUUUGACUUUUUCCGUGUCAGGAACUCCUGUGGCAGCUUGGGAAAGCUUCUGGACCUCUUUUCCAGCAAAUGUUUUAUAAGUAAUUGCAGGCAAUGCUAAAGUUCACUAAGAGGUUAAGUGCAAAUAAAGAUGUGUUGUUUUUUUCCUUCUCCAAAUUCACAGACGUCUCCCCAAUACACUGCCAAAAUUUAUCCACGGACUGGACUCUGGCUUAAGGAGCCCUUGUCUAGAGGCCCCCAUCAUCCCUUUUUAUGAGAAUGGUAUUACAAGAAAAUACUUGAAGAGUAAAGUUAUUUUUUUGUGGGCAAUGGAGAUCUAGUUCAUUAAGCCUUCUCACGUAUGUGUUUUGUUUUGUUUUGUUUUGUUUUGUUUGCUAAUUCACACUGAUGUUUUUUGGUGGAAAAAGACAUCCAGAAAACAGAUGAAUGAAUAACCUGCUAAUUCUUUGUGUCCUCUCCCCCCAUCUCCUAAUAAAUCCACUGCAGGAUGUGGAGGGGCAGACAAGCUGAAGGUUGAAUAUAGACUUGCUGGCUUGGCGCAUUUGGGGAGGAAGUGAUGACAAGGGCCCCACGGCCAGCCCCUGAAGUUUCAGAGGAUAAAAAGACCUGGAAUAAGCUUCUCUGGAUAUAACCACUUAGCCCAACUUCCUCUUUUUUUUUUUUUUUUUUUUUUUAAUUCCGGAAAGUAAUUAUUUUCCCCCUUCCCCUCCACCAACUGCUAUGGCCUCUUUCUCACUCUCUCUCUCCCAGUUAUCUUAACGGAAACCCAGUUUUCUGACAUCCUGGCCACCAAGCAGCCAGCUUGGGCCUAAGUCUGUACUACCUUCCCAGAGAAAUGGGAUCAACUCCAGCAAAUACCAAGUUGGGCUACGGACUGUUCUGUGGGCCGUGGCUAAUAAUAGCUUGUCAAAGUUCGUAAAGCACUCUGUGUUCAUGGUCUCAUUUGCUCCUGUGAUAUAAUUGCUAUUAUUACCCCCUGUUUUUCAGAUGGGAUAGCUGAGGCUUAGAGAGAAGUGACUUGCAUAGGGUCAUAAAGAGUUGACAUGGGAUUCUUGGCUUUAAGACCACUUGGAUAUCCUAGCUGGAUGCUGCAGGGAGAGAAGGGGUUGUGGGACUGGCAACUUCCCACAGGGAAACAGGCUGGAAAAGUGAGCCUGAAGACUUGUUUUCUGUGGUUUCUCACUCAGGUGACUGGGCACUACAGAAAGGAAGCUGAAACGUUACUGCUCCCCUUCCUGACAUUCAGAAUUAAAACCAUAGCCUCACUUAAUUUUGAUUCCUCUUUUGCUGAUAACGACCUUUUUCAGAGAGAGGAGGAGACCUGUGAGUCGAGAUAAAUAAUACUUUUUUUGGUUCCUUUUAGAAACAGUUCCCUUUAUGAAAGUGAGCUGGAAUUUGAAUUUUUACCUUUGGCAGGGAAGGAAAAAAAAGAAGCCAAAAUCUUAAAUUCAUUAAGAACAUUUAUUAAAUAACUCUUUAUGUGCCAAAUACUGUGCUAAGUGCUUUACAGAUAUUAGCUUAGGGGCAGCUAAAAGAUUGCAGUGCUUAGAGCACCGGACCGGAGUUCAAAUCCAGCCUCAGACACUUAACACUUCCAUGCUGUAUGACUCUAGGGAAGUAACUUUUUGCUUAUUUGCCUCAGCAAAAAAAAACAAAUAUUAACUCAUUUAAUCUUUACCAAAAAAUCUCGCUAGGUAGAUACUAUUAUUACCUCCAUUGUACAGAUAAGGAAACUGAGGCAGAGGAGAAAACCAACUUCAUGCUGCUGGGAAAUGUCUGAGGCAGGAUUUGAACUCUUACUGAUUCUAGUUCUGUGUGCUAUGGAGCCACCUAGUGGCGUAGAUGACCUCUGCACUCUCAGAAUUCUAAAUGUGUGAUCCGAUAGGUUUUGUUUUGAGACAAUUGGGUCACACAGCUAAGAAAUGUUAUGUGGCUGGAGUCCAAUUUGAACUCCGUCCUCCUGACUCCAGUGCUCUAUCUACUGCAUCAUCUGGCUGCCCUCCCCCCACCCUGUAGAAUUCUUAAUCUCUGCAAAAUGAGAGACAUCCUGACUUAAUGCAGACAGGAGAGUUCUUCCCUCUGACACCCGGCUUGUUAUUUUAUCUCUCUGUGCCUCAGUUUCCUCCUCUGUAAAAUGGGCAGAUAAAUGGAUUAAAUAGCUACUAAGGUACCGUCUGGCUCUACUCUGUUAGAAAUCUGAGUAGAAAUCUUUGUUCUUGUAACAUUUGUCUUGUUUGGAGAAAUGGAAAGUCAGGAAGUCCUGAUUUUAAAUCCUGCCUCAGAUGCUGUGUGGUCUUGAGUAAGUGACUUCAUUUCUGUUUCCCUCGGUUCCCUCAUCUAUAAAAUGGAGAUAAUAGUCGCACCUAUCUCUCCCGAUUAUUGUAAGGACUGAGAUAAUAAUUUUAUUUUUUUUUAUUCUUUUUUUUUGGCUGAGGUAAUUGGGGUUAAGUGACUUGCCCAGGGUCACACAGCUAGGAGGUGUUAAGUGUCACAUUUGAACUCAGGUCCUCCUGACUUUAGGGCGGAUGCUCUAUCCACUGUGCCACCUCACUGCUUGGAGAUGAUAAUUUUUAAAAUUGUUUCACAUGUAGUAAAUGCUAUAAAAAUUUAAGCUAUUAUUUUUAUUGUUACUAUUAUUAUCUUCCAUUUUCCUCAAUAGAUAACACUUUGAAAAGUAUCCUGCAGAUGGAGCCAGUGGCUCAGGAGCCUCCCUGGAAGAGCCAACCCCCUGGGGAAGGAGGGAGGAAGAUUAUCCUUAGCUGUCCUUUCUCUCCUUGCAGCUCCUUCCCAGAGGUCCUCAGCAAUCUGCUCAUUGGACACCCUCCCCCUUUAGUGUCCUCUGUCCCACAUCCCUUUUCCCACCAAACCCACAGUUAGAAUUCUUUUUCUCUAGGUGUGCAUGCUGGCACCAAUUGCCAAGCCCAGGGCAGACUGGCAGGAAACCUCAGGCCUGGCCCUACCCUUGGUGCAGUGCUGUGGGCAAGCUGGGAAGACAAUUGUUCAAAAUCUGCCCUGUGGCCCUUUUCUCUGGGCAAAUAUAAUAGUAUUUAAUUUAAAAUAUAAUUCUCUUUUAAGCAAGGUUUAAAAAAAACAACCACAAACCUCUAGAAUAAAUAAUACACCUUUACCAGGUGUUCUUGUACCAGGGCCCCAGCUUCUGGAUGGAGUUUACACCUUGGAGUUACCUUCUUCCUUUCCUGUGGUCAGAACAGCCAUGAAGAGUACCCGGAUGACCCUGGUGCUAUGGGACGAAGCUUUGGGCCACCCCUCCCCCCCAGUGAAUUUCACUGUUUUCUCCAAAGUGCUCUUAAUUGUGUUCAUGCGGAACACAAAUUUUGGAGGGUGUUUCGAGAUCCUUCUUGAGAUGUUAGUCUGAUCCUUUCUCAUUUUCUAACCCAAUUUCCAGCCAAAUACCUAUUUCUUUGUGGGGAAUGGUUUUUUGUAAAGAAAUGAUUUUUAUUUCAGCAUGGACAGCGUCCUCUUGUCCAUUACAGGAAAAAAUACAUUUUUAUAAAGUCCUUGUUGUAACUUAAUAAAUUGCUAUGUGUUCGUGGGA